GUAAUUUGACUUCAUGGGUUCCUCAAGAUGAACAAGUUGAUUUUAGAAACUCGGAAGGAUUUUCCUGAUAGUCAACCUUGUUGUGCUGGUUUUUUCUGCCCCAGAGGCCUCACUUGCAUGAUUCUACUCUAUUCUUUCUCUCUCUCUCUCGCCGAGGACCGGACACAGCACGGGCGAACGGAAGUUUUAGGUCAUGGAGGAUGGACCAGUAACAAUUGGAUUCGAAGAUGGGACAAUUGAUGUUGAUCGUCUGCUUGUAGAACCUCAAGAAGGGAAUAUCUCAGUUGAUAGUGUCAUGUGUUUUAAUGAGAAGAUCACAGAGAAAGCCAUGGGCAUGGACAAUAUAUGUUGCAACUUUGGCGUCACAGAUACUGCUGUUGCUCUGGAAAGCAAAAAUAUUCUGAGUCGUGAUGUACUUGACUCGGUUAGCAGUGAAGCCGAUGUGGGAUAUUUUCGACUGCAUAAUGAUUUCUGUAGCAUGGGGGACGAUUAUCUUCUGGGUGUUAGAUUUUCCGAAAGUAUCACAAACCUGGAUUAUGGUCCAAGCGAAGGCUUGCUGACUUCAGUUUCAGACAGUUCAGUUCUACCAAACGAUCUAUUUAACAUCGACACCUCUGAUUUCGGUGAAGUCCCGAGUCUUUGCAAUGAAUCUGAAAUCGAAAAGCCUCCAAAGUCGCCUGUUUCAUCUACACUUUCACACGAUAUCUACAAGCUCCAUAAUAUUUCAAGCAAUUCUUUAGAAAUGUUACCGGACGAAAAAGAUGAUGAAUUUGAGCCAAACAAAUCAGAAAUAAAGUCGAGUCGAGAAGAAUGCAAUGGUAAUCUUACUACCCAAAAGAGAUCACGUAGGCCCACUAAGAGGUACAUCGAUGAACUAGUUGACCCAAUUGCUCGAAUUCCAAAGAAAAGGCGGGAAUUUUCGUAUUCGGCUGAGAAGGACAAUAAGAAAUGCCGCGUGGGACCUAAAGUUUUGGGCCCAUCGGCUGCUGAAGAAUCGUCUGUUGUAGCAAUUCAGGUACCGUUUGCAUCUUUGGUGCAUAAAGAAUGUCCGAAGAGGAGCCGUUCACAUGAUAUGCAUAAGGAAAUCGGCACUUGGCAUAAACGAACGCGGAGUACAGACAGAGGGCAUUCAACCCUUAAUUCAAAAGAUAAAAAAGGAAGGGGCCAUUUUAUUACAGACGUUUAUCCUAUGAAAAUCGAUUAUUGUCCCACAUCAGCAGCAAAUGAGAAGAAAAGUGAGUUUUUCCAGGCAAAGAGUCCCAAGAAAAACAGUUGUAUGAAAACAGAAAAUAAAAUUAGAAGAUACGAAUAUCCUAAUCCAACUGAAAUAAGCUCCGAGGAAGCUAGCAGCUGUCGAAAGCAUCACAGUCCAACUGAAAUAAGCUCCGAGGAAGCUAGCAGCUGUCGAAAGCAUCACAGGCUAUGGACUGUUGCAGAAGUUAAGAAAUUAAUCGAUGGUGUGUCUGAAUAUGGAGUCGGGAGAUGGAGCCGGAUAAAGAAGCUCUCGUUUUCUGCAUCUGCUCAUCGAACCUCUGUGGAUCUCAAGGACAAAUGGCGGAAUCUUUUGAAAGCAAGCCAUAUGCAGCUAGGCAAUCAACAGGGAGAAAAAAAACGCAACAUUGCCUGGCGGCCCCUGCCCAAAUCCAUACUGCGCCGUGUGUGUGAGCUUGCAAACAUGUAUCCUUAUCCCAAGUGCCGAACCAAACACAGGAUUACGAGUGACUCGCCCAACGGGAACACAGAUAUCACAUUAAACAACUACAGAAGAAUCUUGCAGAGUAUCAAUGGAAACUGAUAGUUUUUUUUGUUUUGUUUUUUGGUUUAUAGUAUAGUCUAGGACGAAUUUUACUCGUCGUGACAAGAUGAUGUGUGCCUGAUCCUGAAUGAGCGUGGAUUUUUUUUUAAAUGAAUAUUUUGGUCGGAUUUUGGACAGUAUUGGAUUUUACGGGACGAAUGGUGGUGUGAAAUAUAUGAAUGUAGGGACUUUGUGCAAUAAUUGUUUCUGUCUUUACCAACAUCUGUUUGUAGAGAGACUGAGAUGUUGAGAGAGAUAUAUGAUAUUUUCAGGUGGAAUUUUCUUGUUGUCCUCCGGAUUUUUGUGAUUUAGAUUUGAAUUUUUGGAAAUUUGAUGAACUUCC